AUGCCUGUCCUCGCCAUCAACUCAAAGGAUGAACAGGAUCUGGUCAAGGUCAUAGCCAGCAACAAGAAAGUCGUCGUCGCAAUCACAUCGCCCGGUCUCGCGCACUGCGAUGGUGUGGAAGAAACAAUUAAGGAGCUCUCCAAAAUGCAGCAGGACAUUAUUUUCGUCUCGGUCGACCACGGUGAAUUUCCCCCCAACGUUGGAGACGGAGGGAACUAUAUGGUCCCUUGGGUCACGAUGUACAAGGAGGGGAAGAAGCUCGACGAUUGGAACUUUUCCAGCAGCUUCACCCUCGUCGAGAGGAUUGAGGCGUUUGCUACGGAUCGACCUCUGGCUUCCGCGGAGCCACUGCAGAAAACUGGCUCUGGAUGA